UCAUAUUCUAAGUUUUCUUACUAAAAGACGCAAGUCACUCUCCUCCUUCCAAUAUCUACCAUUAAACUCCCACCUUUCUAAGCAUUUCAAUUAAACUUUACUUACAUUCAAAUCUUCCCCAAAUCACCAUUAAAAUUUCUUAAGCUCAUCUUUCCAUUUUUAUAUCUUUUAAGAAAUCCUGCAACUUAAGCACAAACUCAUGAAUUUAAGCUCCAUUAAUGGCGUUUCGAAGACGUUUUCUGAUUCAGAUCAAUCUGUUGAUACACCCACUUACAAUUCCAAAAAACGUGGUUCAAAAAAACGAGGAAUUCGAGUUUCACCUUGGAAACGUUUCAAGGGUUUGGGUUUUUUGAUUGGAUUAUUGGGUUUCUUCUUUAUUAUCAAUUGGUGGAUGCUUUCCCGCCUUAAUUAUUCUGGGGUUGGACCAAAAUUUACCUCCUCUGUUAAAAAUUCCAAAUCUCCUGUUGUUAUUAAGGAAGAUCUGAGAAAGAUAAUUAAAGUGAACAAGCCUCAAAAGACACCAUUUGGAAGGUUGUUGAAAUUGGCUUCCCAUGCUUUAGCUGAGGGACAAAAUAAGCCGGAGCCGAAAGGGUUGUGGGAAGAGCCUUAUGAUCGUGCUUCCAACUGGAAGCCCUGUUCUGAAGAGCGUGAUUGGGAACCUAGUGAAGGAAACAAUGGAUACAUUAUGAUCACUGCUAACGGUGGGUUGAAUCAGCAGAGAGUUGCGGUAUGCAAUGCUGUUGCUGUUGCACGAUUACUUAAUGCGACUCUUGUUCUUCCCAAAUUUAUGUUCAGCAGCGUCUGGAGAGAUGUGAGUCAAUUCGGCGAUAUCUAUCAGGAGGAGCAUUUUAUCAACUACUUAAAACCUGAUAUCCGGAUAGUGAAGGAACUGCCUGAGGAAUUGCGGUCUUUAGAUCUGGAUGCAAUUGAUAGUGUGGUGACUGAUGAAGACAUCAUGAAGGAGGCCAAGCCAAGCUUUUACCGCAAAAGCAUCCUUCCUCUCUUACUAAGAAACAAAGUAAUCCACUUUCUUGGAUUCGGAAACCGCUUGGCAUUUGAUCCAAUUCCAUCUCAGAUUCAGAGACUCCGAUGCAGAUGUAAUUUCUAUGCACUGCAAUUUGUCCCAAAGAUUCAAGAAGCCGGUGCAUUAGUUCUUCAAAGAGUGAGGCAAAAUUCAUCUUAUGCUGGACCUUUGGAUAGUUAUCUUCUGGGCCCAUAUGCCAAGAAAAUGGGGAAAAGAAAAAGAGGUCAGUCUAUGAAAGGCCCAAAGUACCUAGCUUUGCACCUGAGAUAUGAGAUUGACAUGGUGGCUCAUUCACUUUGCAAGUUUGGUGGGGGUGAAGAAGAGCAGAAGGAGUUGGAAGCAUAUCGCCAAAUUCAUUUCCCUGCAUUGACAGUACUCAAGAGUAACGAAAAGUUACCUACUCCUGAUGAACUUAGGUCAGAAGGUUUAUGUCCACUAACACCUGAAGAAGCAGUGCUUAUGCUUACUGCUCUAGGUUUCAAUCGUAAGACGCAUAUAUUUCUGGCGGGUGCCCAAAUAUAUGGAGGACCAUCAAGGCUGGCUUCCUUAACCAGUCUGUAUCCUCAUUUGGUUACUAAAGAAAAUUUAUUAUCACAAUCUGAACUCGAACCGUUCAAGAACUUUUCAUCUCAGUUGGCAGCACUCGACUUUAUAGGUUGUACAGCAGCCACAGCCUUUGCCAUGACAGACUCUGGAAGUCAGUUAUCAGCUCUAGUUUCUGGAUUUCGAAUGUAUUAUGGGGGAGGACAAAUGCCUACUAUACGGCCGAACAAACGCAGACUUGCAGACAUAUUCUUGAAGAACUCCACUAUAGAAUGGAAGGUAUUUGAACAGAGAGUGAGGAAGGCAGUGCGGCAAACUAAACAAGUCCAUCGACGGCCAACAGCGAGAAGUAUCUAUAGACAUCCACGUUGCAGAGAGUGUAUGUGUUUGUUGGAGUAGUGUGGUGCAGCCAUAGAAUAGUUCUUGUAUAUUAGUAUUUUUUCAGGCCACAGUAUCCACCAUUGUUUUCUGCAUAGGUUGCAAUUGAUAAGUUACACUGAUUUUUUUCUAGCUAUAUAGACUAUAGAGGGUAACUACACAGUACAAAUUGAUGGCUUGUAUCUUGGCAAGCAGCGGCUGCUUAUUGUAUUAAAUUGUAUUGAUGUACCAUUUCUUGUACAAUGCACUAAAUACAGAUUCUUUCUAAAUGCACAAAGCUUUGAUUUUUUGUGUAA